AUGUUUCAAAACAACAGAGGCAAUCAUUAUUAUCAUCAAACAAACCUGCCAUCAUGCACUCAUGACAUCUAUCAGCAUUUUUCCUUAACGGAUACCAGCCUUGAUAGUUCUCCUUCAUCAUCUCUGCCUUCUUCACCGCCGCUUUCUGCAGAACCAAUAGACAAUGUUUGCACUAUUUUUGUGGUUGGAUUUCCAGAUGAUUUACAAGAACGAGAAUUUAGAAAUAUGUUUACAUUUUCUAAAGGAUUUGAAGCAGCCUCUUUAAAAUGGCAUUGCAAGGACUACCAAGAAGAUCAAAGCAUUGUCUCUGUAGCUAAUAAAUUGCAAAUGAUUGGGUUUGCUCGGUUCAGUACUCGGCAAGAGGCUCAAGAAGCAGCAAAUCAUUUAAAUGGCAAGAAGUUAGAUGCUGAAAAGGGCUGUAUUCUCAAGGCAGAGAUGGCCAAAAAGAACCUUCAUAUCAAGCAAAUCCCUAUAAACUCAGUGUCUUCUCAUACUACCAAACCAUCCUCACCUUUUGCUUCCUUCUUAUUGUCCGAUUCCUAUUAUACCAAUUUGGCUUCUCAGUCUGACAUUCCAGAUACCUAUGAAUCAUUUUCCCCAUUGCCUAGUGAUUUAUUAUCCCCUGAGGAUCAUAACAACACAAAUCCUUUUAUCAGCAAAAAUGCCAGGAAAACAUCUUAUUUUGGGACAUCAUUACUCAACACUCCAUCGUAUUUAUUUGAUAUGACUCCUCCUGAAGAACAAAACAAUACGUUUACUCUAUUUCGUAAAUCAUCCGAACCAGAAGCUGAUCCUUACCUGUCAACUCUACACCUUCAUGGUGACCGAAAAAAUGCCUUUCCAUCCAAUGACCAAAACCCACCUUGUAAUACGCUUUAUGUUGGUAAUCUUCCGGUCAAUACAAAUGUGGAUGAAUUGCGUUCAUUGUUUGUUAAGUGCAAAGGAUACAGGCGCAUGAGUUUUCGACAGAAGCCUCAAGGCCCAAUGUGUUUUGUCGAGUUUGAAGACAUUGCAUUUGCCACUCAAACCAUGCGUUGUUAUCAAGGAUACCCCUUAUCCAAUUCCAUCAAGGGAGGAAUUCGACUCUCGUUUUCAAAGAAUCCUCUUUUUAUCAAGCCAACAUCUGUUCAUAAUUUUAAACAAAUGGGUACAGCUCUUUUAGCUGAUCUUUGA